CGGUGCUCCUGCUGCCCGUCUCUCUCCACGGCCCGCCUCUCGCCACUGCCUCUCGUCUGCUCUCGCUCUCGGCAGCCUCCGUCUCUUUUCUCCCUCUCUCCUUUGAAAACUGAUCUUUGGCUCUUAGUGUGAAAGUGAUUUGAAUUUGGCUCGGCGGCGCUCUGCGCCUGCGCUCAGCCUCUGGCAUGCUGGCUCCUUCCAAGCAGCUGUUUUGGGUUUGAAAUUCCAACAUGGCAGAGGCUGCAGUCCGUCUUCCCUUCAAAAACUUGGAAUGAUUUCAAAUCAUAGGCACCUUCACUUAACCCUAGCUUCCAUUCAUCAGCAAACACAUCGGAUCGAUGCUACGCUAACGCAGCGCGUUCUUGCGACGCACCUUCAGGUUAAAUGAAUACCUGACGAAAGGGCCCACGUUUCAAGGCAGUGACAUUUGAUAGCUGAGAGGAAAAGUGGCUUUAAUGAAAAGCAACCUUUGGAAUUCCUGCUUGUGAGAAAUCCAAUUCAGCUUUUUGUGCUGCCAGCAAGAAAUGAUCAGUAGCACCAGUGUUUAUGGCUUGAAGAUGCAGUGGACGCCGGAGCAUGCCCAGUGGCCAGAACAGCACUUUGACAUCACCUCAACCACUCGGUCUCCAGCCCACAAAGUUGAAGCCUACAGAGGUCAUUUGCAGCGCACCUACCAGUACGCCUGGGCAAACGAUGACAUAUCAGCUCUGACGGCAUCGAACCUACUAAAAAAGUACGCAGAGAAAUAUUCUGGCAUUUUGGAGGGUCCGGUGGACCGCCCGGUACUCAGCAACUAUUCAGAUGCACCAUCAGGACUAGUGAAUGGUCGGAAAAAUGACAGCGAACCUUGGCAGCCUUCCUUGAAUUCAGAAGCGGUCUACCCCAUGAACUGUGUUCCGGACGUCAUCACGGCCAGCAAAGCUGGAGUCAGUUCAGCCCUCCCUCCAGCAGACGUCUCUGCAAGUAUAGGGAGCUCUCCCGGGGUGGCCAGCAACCUGACCGAACCUAGUUAUUCCAGUAGCACCUGUGGAAGCCACACUGUACCUAGUCUUCAUGCAGGGCUUUCAUCUCAGGAAUACGCUCCCGGAUACAAUGGAUCAUAUUUACAUUCUACAUACAGCAGCCAGCCGGCACCUGCACUUCCUUCCCCUCAUCCAUCUCCUUUGCAUAGCUCCGGGCUCCUGCAACCGCCACCGCCACCUCCUCCUCCGCCAGCCCUGGUCCCAGGCUACAAUGGGACUUCUAACCUCUCCAGUUACAGCUAUCCCUCGGCUACCUAUCCUCCUCAGACUGCUGUGGGGUCUGGGUACAGCCCUGGGGGAGCGCCCCCUCCUUCAGCAUACCUGCCUUCAGGAAUUCCUGCUCCCACCCCCCUGCCUCCCACCACGGUUCCUGGCUACACCUACCAGGGUCAUGGUUUGACACCUAUUGCACCCUCGGCCAGUUCUCUCAAAAGGAAAGCUUUCUACAUGGCAGGGCAAGGAGAUAUGGACUCCAGUUAUGGAAAUUACAGCUAUGGCCAACAGAGAUCUACACAGAGUCCUAUGUACAGAAUGCCCGACAACAGCAUUUCAAACACCAACCGGGGGAAUGGCUUUGACAGAAGUGCUGAAACAUCAUCCUUAGCAUUUAAGCCAACGAAGCAGCUAAUGUCCUCUGAACAGCAAAGGAAAUUCAGCAGCCAGUCCAGUAGGGCUCUGACCCCUCCUUCCUACAGUACUGCUAAAAAUUCCUUGGGCUCCAGAUCCAGUGAGUCUUUUGGGAAAUACACGUCGCCAGUAAUGGGUGAGCAUGGGGAUGAGCAUCGGCAGCUCCUCUCUCACCCAAUGCAAGGCCCUGGACUCCGGGCAGCUACCUCAUCCAACCACUCUGUGGAGGAGCAGCUGAAGAAUACUGACACGCACCUCAUUGACUUGGUAACCAAUGAGAUUAUCACCCAAGGACCUCCAGUGGACUGGAAUGACAUUGCUGGUCUCGACCUGGUGAAGGCUGUCGUGAAAGAGGAGGUGUUAUGGCCAGUGCUGAGGUCGGAUGCAUUCAGUGGACUCACGGCCUUACCUCGAAGCAUCCUUUUGUUUGGGCCUCGGGGAACAGGCAAAACCUUAUUGGGCAGAUGCAUAGCAAGUCAGCUGGGGGCCACCUUUUUUAAAAUUGCCGGCUCAGGACUGAUCGCCAAGUGGUUAGGAGAAGCCGAAAAAAUCAUCCACGCCUCCUUUCUUGUGGCCAGGUGUCGCCAGCCCUCAGUGAUUUUUGUUAGUGACAUUGAUAUGCUUCUCUCUUCCCAAGUGGGUGAGGAGCACAGUCCAGUCAAUCGGAUGAGAACCGAAUUUCUGAUGCAGCUGGACACUGUACUAACUUCAGCUGAGGACCAAAUCGUAGUAAUUUGUGCCACCAGUAAACCAGAAGAAAUAGAUGAAUCUCUUCGGAGGUACUUCAUGAAACGACUUUUAAUCCCACUUCCUGACAGCACAGCGAGGCACCAGAUAAUAGUACAACUGCUCUCACAGCACAAUUACUGUCUCAAUGACAAGGAGUUUGCACUGCUCGUCCAGCGCACAGAAGGCUUUUCUGGACUAGACGUGGCUCAUUUGUGUCAGGAAGCAGCAGUGGGCCCCCUCCAUGCUAUGCCAGCCACAGACCUUUCAGCCAUUAUGCCCAGCCAGUUGAGGCCCGUUACAUAUCAAGACUUUGAAAAUGCUUUCUGCAAGAUUCAGCCUAGCAUAUCUCAAAAAGAGCUUGAUAUGUAUGUUGAAUGGAAUAAAAUGUUUGGUUGCAGUCAGUGAUAACGUCUUUAAAAAAAAAUGUAAUGAAUGUUGGCACACACACAUAAAACCUGCUACGUAGGGAAUAGAGCCCCUUCCCAGUAGUGUUUAAAUUGCAAAGGGCACUGGGGAAGACAACAAUUAAGUGGCAUCUUUAGAGUCAGGGUAGAUUUGGAGGAAAAGUACAUCAAAUGAGAGCUUCCGAUUUGAAAGCCCCAGAUGACAGAAAGCAUAUGUGGAUGCUCAGUUCCGUUCAAACUAGACAACACUCACCAAGGAGCAAGGAGCAAGGUGCAAGUGUGUUGAUUUCAGAAGGACAUGAACCUCGUGUGUUGAUUCCAUUCUGCUGUUCUCGAGAUUUAGUUGCUGUCAAGUGCCUGGAGUGGUGCUUUAUUUUUUGUUUGCCUCACAAUUACAUUGGUGGCAUGUGCUAAUAUAAAGAGCUUUAACUUCAAACAUUAUUGGACUAAAGAGAUGAACGGUUGUGUUAUGACAGAAAACCAGAUUUUUGCCAUUUUAAGAGCAACAGUAUUCCUCAAUCCUGUCUGUUCUGCAGUAUUAAGCUAAGAACAGGUAAAACAGGGUAAACGGUAAUCUGGACCUUAAUUUCUGCAGUUCAUUUCUUUUAAUGUUCUUGUCUGCAAAAACUCAGGAAAGUGAUUGUGAUUUGUACAGUACCUCAAAGGAAUGUGUUGAAAGCACUAUGUACUGCUGAGAGUAAUAGGAUAGGCUUCAAUGUUACUUUAUAUUAAGAUGUAUGUUUACCUCAACAAUUGGAAAAUAGCAAGGAAAUUACUUUGAAUGUAUCCAGAAAAAAAAAAUACUGAGUGUGAUACAACUGAAUAUUUACAACUUAAAAUAGAAAUGGAAGGAUUUUUUUUUUAAGUUCUUUACUAAGUAUGGGAAAUUAAUCAGAGCAGGUAAUUCUUUAUGUCAAUAACUGCAAGAGUUCUUAGUACAUUGCUCCUUGAUAAUUAAGUGAAAAUGUUCUUAAAAGGUACACUGGUUAAUGAAAACUACUCAUUCAGUUUGUGUUAGUAUCUAGAAAAGUCAGCUGCAGACUUGUUUAGGGCCCUGAAAGUCACAUUACUCAAAAACUAUAACUGCCUUUUACUGCUUAAGUGGUAUGGUUGGUGAGGUGGUGGUGGUGGUGGUGGUGGUAGUGAUGGUGGUGAUGGUAGUGGUGGUGGUAGUUUUCAAGUUAUCUCUGAUCUGCUGGGAAUGGUGUCAUUCUGUUCACUGAUCUAGUUUAUAGGCUUACUGUGCUUUUGAAAAAAAAAACGCACAGGAUAGCAACCCAAACAAACACACAAAUAAGUUUUUUUUAAAGCAAAACAAAAGGCAACCAACCAACUGAUAUGGAUCUAUGAGGGACCUCUACAGCCCAUCUGCUUUUUUACUUACUCUUGUUCGUGCAAUUUUUCCUUCUCAUUUUGAUAUCUGGGUGUAGUGCUCCUGCGUUCAUUUCUACCUCAGUUUUGUUAUAUUUCUCUUGGAAAGUAAAGUGAAAAAUUGGAAGUGGACGCGCAUGCACACACAUACAUACACACACACUCACACUCACUCUCACCCACACACACACACACAGUAUAGCUUGCCAAAUACGUUACUUUCUAUUUCCCAAAAUACCAGUAUGUGUACUUCCACCGUCUCCCUUCCACAGGAUAUGUGGUAUUUUUCUGACUUUUCCAUUCCUCUCCUGCUUCCUACCAAGUUGUUCUUUGUAUCCUUGAAUGCUUUAUGUGCAACUUUUCAUUGAAAGCUGGCUGAUGGUCGCCAAUGUCUCUGGACAGUCACAGUGCAGGUAGUAGCUUUCCAAAGCCACUGCCCCAUGCAUAAACAGAGCAGCCUAGCGUUUUGAAUGUAUUUUUCUUGUUCUUUCUUUAUUUUAUUUUAUUUUAGUUUAGAGAUGCAGUAACAAAACUAUUGCAAAGCACUGGCAUUUUAUGUAUUCAAUAAGUGAUGUAUAUUUUAAAAAUUAAAUAAAUGCAAUGAGAAGCCCCAAGAAAGGUCUUCCUGUUAUUUGUCUUUCCUUCAAAAAAUUUUUAUUGAGCUUCUCCACACUGUCAAAUUAUCUGAAAUAUUUAACAUAGAGAAAACUAAUGAGGGACGAUGAUAGCUCUGAAAUUUUAUGAUGCUUAACUAUAAAUCCUGCCCCCUCUUUUGAAAAUUUUUUAUGUUGUCAAAAACUCAGCAAAUGAACCAGAAUUUAAUUUGCUGUAAUAGCCUAUCAAACUAAAACUGUGCUUAUAUAUAAAUAUUCCAUAUUAAAAAUCAGUGCCUUUCAUUAAGGAUACAAAAAAUAAUACUUAAAUAUGUCCUCUGCUUUUCGCAAGUGAAUAAACUCUCCAAUCAUGUUCUGGGUCUACCAUGUAUAUCCCUUGAGGUAAAGAAAUUCGAGCAUUCACAUUAACUCUUGGUUCAUAUUGAUCUCAGUGACAAGUUUACUUUUGCACAGUGCUGACCUAUUUUCUAUCUUUUAGACAUUACAUCUCAUUUCCACCAACAUGCUGUGUUCACUUGAAAGCAUCUGGCAAGUUUUGACAAACCCAUUCUUAUUUAGACGACUUUGGAAAAUCCAAUGUUGACCCACAUUUUUUGUGUGUAUGUGGCUAGCGAGACUUAAAUGCCAAAAAAAAAAAAAAAAGGAAAGAAAAGAAAAAAGAAAACAUGGCUGCACUAUUGUAAUUCAUACUCAUACACCUGGAAAAUAAAGUGAAGUCAUCUAUAUUGGCUUUUAGCUUUAAAUGAAUUAAUGAUUCGUUUAAGAUAUGAGUGUUCACAAUCCUUCCGCAGAAGCGGAAGUUGUGUGUGAGUUUCAGUUUGCCUCUCCAGUUCUAAGAACUGAUCUGUUAAGUAACUGGGCAAUUGGAAGAAACAAAGAUCUAUUGGAGUUGCUAAGGCUGACCUCUGAGUAGAUAGUGCUCUCCUGUGGUUCUCUAAUUCUACAGAGGAACAUUAUGAACGCUACUAAGAUUAGCCUUAUAAUAAGCGCUUUUCUGAAUCUAAGCUCCACUUUGCGAUGGACAUAGGUCCCAAAUUUUCAGCCUCUUCUUGACUACAAAGAAUUUAGAGGAGACUCCUAAUGAAGGUAAGACGAUGAGAUAGCCCAAAUUUCUACCUAUCUGACCAGAGGAUUCAACCAGUCGAGUUAACAGACCUAAUUCUUUCCUUCAUAACUAUAAUAACAUUUCCAAGAGGGACAAAAAGGAAGUGAGGGGAACGAAUUCAGUGGAAGGCUCAAUAGAAAUUCAAGAGGUAGUUUGUAAUGACCUGAUAUGUGACACAAAUUAUGAAAAGAAAGAAAAAAAACUUUACAUUUCUAGCAUGCUCUCCAAAAUAUUUAGAACAUUAGUGACAAUAUAGAAAACUUUGCUGACUUGAGCUGAUCAAUGGAAUGUGAAGGCAGUAUACUUUAAGGCUAUUUACUUUUGCACAGAAUGUUUAUCUAUUAGUCAGUUUGUAUUCUACUCAAAUGCAGAUAGACGGGUAAAAUGUUUUCUUGUGCAUUUGAAACCUAUCAAGGAGAAAAUAAACCAUUCCACUAAAACACAUAGGCCAAACACCAUCUGGGCAAGUGAUAAAAGCUAUCCAGAGGCUAUACUAUGUAAAAUAACAAGGUCAAUUUAUAUGGGUUGCAUAGCACUUGGCUAUGCAGUUUUGAAAAGAAUACAUCCAAAAUAAUCCAAAUUAAUUCCUACAAUAGGUCAUUGUAAAUUUAAAUAUAUUUGUGGAUUGGAAAGUAUGUUUUAGAGGCAUUUAAAAUCUCUCUGGAAGUGUAUCCAACUCCAAUCAGAAAGAUACUUGUGUAAUACAGCUCUGUUUCUUAGCAAGAAUUGGUAUCAUGAUUCUUGGGAAUGCUUUUUGCAAAGUGAAAGGGACACAGUUUGUUGAACUAUUGAGGCCACUAGAGUAAAGUUCUAAUUUCUAAUAUAUAUAUAUAUAUAUAUAUAUACACAUAUACAUAUAUAUAAAUAUAAAUAUAAUGUGUGUUUGUGUGUGUAUGUGUGUGUGCUGUUUUCACCACCACCUACUUGAACUUUAAAGCACGCAUUUAUUACUACGAAGCAAGUGGUUAAUUCCUUUCUUUAUAUGUGCAGAGGUAUACACGAGUAUUUUACAAUUCAGUUUUAACACAUUAUUUUUUUCGUUAAGAAAAGUAAAGCCUUCAGUUGUCGAAUUAUCUGGCAAUGUUGUAUGAAUCACAUUAGCGCACACAGAGCUAUUAGUAUUUCAGAAUUCACUAGCAGCUGUACUUGUGACUAACCAACACAUGAACUGAGCUCACACUCUGCUAAGACCUUUGGUUGACAUUCGAUUUUGAACCUGCCAGAUGCAUUUGUGUGGACCAGGGAUACUGCAUCUUUAAUGAACAAGUCUCUCCUCUUUCCCCUGUUUUUAAAUACAACCCAAGCAGUGUAGCACUAGGCACUGCAAUUGUCAAAGACAAUUAGACUGAAAGCAGGAAAAUUUCACCUCCCUGUCUCCGUGAUAUGUAGAAUGUCGGCAGUGUGGGUCAGCCUUGCCACAGAGUUGUGUGAGAAUAUAUGAAUCAGUCCUAUAGAAUGUUAAAUAUUUAUAAAAACAGUUCUGUACUACACCAAGGUUGGGAGCAAAUUCAUUCCUCUUGUUUCUUCUAAUACACAAACAAAAAAAGUAGAAGUUUAUUUCCAGGCUUAAAACUCACUCCUCUUCUCUUCUCUUCUCUUUUCUUCUCUUCUUUUCUUUUCUCCCCCCUC